GCGGCACUGAUGUCAGAGUGCCAGUUAGACCGGUCAGUGCCAGUUAGUACCUCAUUGGCAUAUACCAAAAAUAGAAGUUUACGGCCGAACGGCGUGGUGGAUCCGGGCACGGUUAAUGUUUCAGACACCUUGAAAGUAUCUGCAGUCUCCAAAAUGUUGCUUUCUUACUUCAAAGGAUUUGUACUGCUGGGUUUUCUUUGUUUUUGGAUGUCUCCUUCAGAGCAGACAAUAUCAAUAUAUCAGAGUCCAAAUCCGGCUAAAAUCGACCAACCAGUUACAUUACAUGUGAAUGGAGUAGAUCCAAACACCAUUCAAUAUUGUAAUUGGUUUCAAGCACAAGUACCGUAUGCAAAAAAAUUUAUUAUUGGAUAUCUCAGAGGUGGAACUCCAACUCAAACAUUCCUUGGAAACUUUACCAUUAGUGGACUCCAGGCGAGCAACCUACAGCCGAAUUGUUCUUUAACGUUUCAAAAGUUUGUUAGAGCUCAAGUAGCUUAUUAUGCCAUUGAAAUGUUACAUGGGCAAACCUUGGAUGUAGCCAAUACUGUACUGAGAGCCAACAACUCAUGUGUGGCAUCUUUGAGCCUUCUCCUCUUGGCCGCAGCGUUGUUUUCAUCAUUGGGGCUCCUCUGAGAAGCAAGCAUCAGUACGACAGCUAGAGGACACAUCCUUCAGGAUUCAAGGAAACAUAAUGAUUCAUGUGGCCCAAUUCAAUGACAGUAAUUUGUUGUCUUCCCUCUAUAAUUUGCAGGGUGUCGGCGCAGUCCUCACCCGAAUAAAUUAGUCGCUUCUCAGCUUCGGCGGUAAUCCGGUGAAGUGGAAAACAAAACAUUCCCAACACUCUGCUUCAUCUUUACAUCCAUAAACCCUACAACAAAAAAAGUGGUAUUCCCCCCCCCCCGACCAAGCCAAGGAACUUGGUGUAUGUAGACCCUUGAGGAUAGGAUGACAACGCAUGCCCACAGAAAUCUUUAUAGAUUGUGAGCCCCAUUGGUAACGGACAAAUGGGCAACGCCACUCUUUGUAUUAGUACUUUAUAAUACAUGGCAUUCCUUUCUUUCUUUCCCAGCAUACAGGGUUCGAGUCCUGCAGAAACACAUGGGAACCGAGUUCCUGCUUUUUUUCUUUACACGCAGGAACACCAUUCCCAUUAGGAGGAGUCCUGCUAGACAAGCCCUUAAGUGGAAAUUUUGGGUGAGUUCCCACACUUUUUUCCCAGGACUUGACCCCUGCCAGUAUAGAAUGUUGGGAUUCGUACUUUGCCAACAUAUGUACAGCAGAAAAUUCUUAAUCAGGGCUCAAGUCCUGCUGGAACGCGUGGGAACUGACUUCCUGCACUUUUUCCGUAGCAGGAAUACCGUUCGCAUUAGCAGGAGUUGAAAUUAGCCCUUGAGUUGAAAUCUUGGGUGAGUGUCCACACUUUUUUUUUACCCAAGGACUUGAUCCCUGGUCUUAA